AUGGAGGGCCAGACUCACCAAGGCAACAGCCAAGGUACCUAUUUCACCCAACAACACCAGCAACCGUUUACUGCGCAAUCUCUACUCAGCAAUCAAUCCACCUCGACAUCCUCGCAAACAAAUUCAUCACAAGACAUACGACUAUACCCUGCCAACGCUCAAUUAGAAGCUGAAAUGCGCACGCAAAUGCAAGCUCAGCCGGCUACAGACCAACAACUUCAACAGGGCCAGGCGCAAUCACAAGGCAUCUGUGGGAAGGCUGCAACCGCUCAAUUUCUACAAAGCGUCAAUCUUGUUGCAGAGGCAGCUAGACGUGCUCAGAUAGGCAUUUUGAUGAGGGAUUUAGAGGAGAUUUCUUUUGAUUAA